GCCGGAGGGUGGAGAGAUGGUGUGAAGAUAUGACCCGGCACUGCUGGAUGAACGGGUCUUCUCCAAAAAUACGUCCAAGGGUAGACCGAUCAAACCGCCAUGAACUGCACCAAACUCUGCCUUCGACUGCCGCGCCGUUAUUAUUCGGCCAGUCUGAGGGCUACAUACCACAGGACUCUGGACAGGAUCGAGCUAAUGCUCCCGCCUAAACUAAGACCUCUGUACAACCAUCCAGCAGGGCCAAAGACGGUUUUCUUCUGGGCUCCUGUCUUUAAAUGGGGUUUGGUUGUUGCCGGGUUUUCUGAUCUGACCCGCCCACCAGAAAAGCUGAGCGUCUCCCAGUCAUGUGUCAUCACAGCCACAGGCUUCAUUUGGUCAAGGUACUGCUUGGUGAUCAUUCCGAAGAACUGGGCACUCUUUGCAGUGAACUUUUUCCUGGGUUUGUGUGGAAGCACCCAGCUCAUCCGAAUCUGGAGGUACAACCAGGAGUUAAAGCUGAGAGAAGGUGGAGUGCAACAGUCCUAAAACUGACAGGAAUGGAAUUGACCGGGUACAAUGAUAAUCUGAGAGAGAGAGAGAUUGCUUGAUUACUUGAUUGAUUACUGGCUUAUGGAAUGUUGUAAAUGUUAUAUUGCGGAACGGUUUCCUUUUCGGUUACUGAAAAUGCCAUGAAUCAGUAAUUUUGCACAAAAAUGUUAUGACACAGUGUGUGACCCAAAACAUGAUAACCAAAGGUUAUAUAAUAAAAUUAAAAUGGAUGUUGUUUAUAAUCAAACAUAUGUACUGAAUGCCCUGAAAAUCACUGUAUUCAAAUCAUCCAUUCAGUGCUAAAUAAUCUAAGAAGAUUACUACAAAUUGUAAAAAAUACUGCAAAACUGUAUUCUGAAGUCUGUGUUGUCUGGUUUUUGGACUGCAGUAAUUUGGUGGUCCAGUAGUUUUUUCGCACUUAUGACAAUGACCAUGAUUAAAUUAUGUGACCUGUUAAGGCAAUAUUAUGCUGCAGAGCUAAUUUAAAUUAUUACAUUGAGUUGUUAAUUAUUAAAAUUUUAAUGCUUUGUGUUUUUUUUAAUAGGACUAUUUUAAAUACAUUUUAAAUUAAUUGCAUGGUUACUGGCCUCACAGCCAUAUUGGCCUGUUAUACUGGACAAGAGAAUGAGAUUUCAGUGCUCACAUUAGGUUUUUUUUUUGUUUGUUUUUGUAGACCUUUCCUAUCAUUGUAGGAUAACGAUGAAUAAGUUUCAGGUUGAAAGCCUUGGGCGAUGGCUUCCGACUGCAGGAGAGAGAUUUACUCGUCAAAAGACUACUCAUUUCUGUUUGUUCAGAAAGGAGUUGAAACUUAUGCUCUGUAAAUCAGAUCUUCUUUUAAACAUGCAUAUAAAACAACUUGUAUACAGACAAGUGACAUAUUAAAGGAAAAAAACAGUUCAUUAAGAUGAUGAACCACCACAAGUUGCUAGAACAGCUUCAGUGUAACUUAUAGAUAGAUAUAGCAUAUGAUUUACAUAAUUUUCAUACUCCUCAUACCAUUUAGUGACCCCUCAUACCAUGUGGUUGAGGGCAUUGUCACCCAUUCGCUUCAGGAUAGAAAUGUUUCAUCAGUAGGAACCGAUGCUUUAUAAUUGUAUGAUCUCCACUCAUUUAUUUAGUUUUUUCCUUAAAUUUUUCACCAUCUGUAGAUAACAUGCAUCUGUGUAUUCAUUGUGAUACACAGUGAUGUUAGCUUAUUGUUCACAGGGAGAGUUAACUAAAUAUUUAUUGUUAAUUUUAUGUGACUGCUUGAAGCUUAGCACACUCUAAGCGCUGCAAUAAUAAUACAGUAAUAUAGAUUUCAGACAGUUUGACAGUGGCAAAUUGCUGCUGUCGGUACAAAACCUUGUAUCAUCAUUUUUGUCCUGUUUCAGUUUUUGACAUAAUUUAAAAAUGCCUGUUUACUUUUGACAUUGUCUGCAAAUUGCAUGAUGAACAGCUCAAAGAAAAUGACCUAGAAUGACUUGGAAAAAAGUCUGAUUACAUUGCAUAAAAAAUAAAGUAUGUUUUUUCCUUUUCCUGUAAAUUAUCAGUUUGGAGAUACAAGGUUUUAUUCCAACAGCAGCAAAAUAUUGAUCAAUACAUUUUGUUUUUCUUGAAUCUGUUGUUUGUUGUGUAUUGCAUGGACGCCUCCAUUUACCAGAUCAGUACCUGAAUAAAAUAAUAAUUCUUUGCA